CAAACACAAUGGCGCCAGCAGACACGUCGGCAGGGCCAUCAGGGUCGUCAAAGUCGACGGACGCCGCAGUCAACGAGCUUACGGCAAAGGUCGCAACGCUCGGACACGAGGACGAGCAGAACCACGAUGACGCCGAGGAAGGCGAGGACGACAGCGACCACGACGACGAUGUGAACGGGGACGCCGGUACCGGCGGCCAGGGAGGAGAGGACGGCGGAAAGAAGAAGAAGAAGAAAAAGAAGAGAAAGUCCAAGGCCAAGAGCUCGGCGGCGGCGGGGACAUCGCAGGCCGAAGUGCCCGCGGUGAACGUUGUCUCUGGUAGCCUCGGGUCUGGAAGCCAUGAGGACAUCAAGAAGGCACUGCAGGCCGUCGAUCUCAUGAAGCUCCUGGAGAACUUUGGAGGGGCCGACCCGAACGCGGGCCAGCUCAAGGAGCACAAGUUCUGGAAGACCCAGCCAGUGAUCCAGAACGGCGAGACGAUGGUCAAGGAGGGCCCCAUCGACGCGCCCAAGACGCCGGCCGACGUCAGGCAGGAGCCGUACGCCCUGCCUGCUGGGUUCGAGUGGAGCACGGUCGACGUCAAGAACGAGGAGCAGAUGCUCGAGGUGCACACCCUCCUUACGGAGAACUACGUCGAGGACGACGAGGCCAUGUUCCGCUUCCGCUACUCGAAGGAGUUCCUCCUUUGGGCGCUGACAGCACCGGGCUACCUUCCUGAAUGGCACAUCGGCGUGCGCGUGCAGAAGACUGGCAAGCUGGUGGGCUUCAUCUCGGGUAUCAAGGUCGAGCUCCGCGCGUACUCUCACACAUGGGACUCUGCCGAGAUCAACUACCUCUGUGUGCACAAGAAGCUGCGCUCCAAGCGUCUCGCACCCGUCCUCAUCAAGGAGGUCACUCGCCGUGUCAACCUCACCAACAUCUGGCAGGCGAUCUACACUGCGGGUGUUGUCAUCCCCACCCCUUUCUCGACAUGCCGCUACUACCACCGUAACCUCAACCCUCCCAAGCUCGUCGACAUUGGCUUCUCCCCCUUGCCGCGCGGCUCGACGAUUGCGCGCCUGGUUCGCAACUAUGCCAUGCCAACGACGACGUCGGUGCCCGGGUUCCGCGAGAUGAAGAAAGAGGACGUGCCCCAGGUCGGCAACCUCUUGAGGAAGUACCUCUCUCGCUUCCCCAUCGCGCAGACGUUCAGCACCGACGAGGACAUUGACCACUGGUUCCUCUCUGGCCAGGGACACGACGUCGACGGUAAGCGCGUCGAGCAGGUCGUGUGGGCGUAUGUCGUCGAGGACCCGACAACAAAGGAGAUCACCGACAUGAUCUCGUUCUACUCGCUGCCCUCGACCAUCAUGCAACACCCCAAGUACAACGUUCUGAACGCGGCGUACCUGUUCUACUACGCCUCUGACGCCGCCUUCUCGGCUGGUGCCUCGUCGGAUGACGAAACCAAGCUCAAGGCCAAGCUCGACGAGAGGCUCAACGCGCUUAGCAGGGACAUGUUGACGGUUGCCCAGACUUCUGGCUUCGACGUGAUGAACGCCCUUACGCUCCUCGAUAACAACAUGUUCCUUAGCGAGCAGAAGUUCGGCCCUGGUGACGGCUACCUAAACUACUACUUGUACAACUGGGCCAUGCCCCCCAUCGACGGUGGCAUGGACACGACCGUGGCGAGGCAGGGAUCUGGCGUGGGUGUCGUCAUGCUUUGAGCAGUGCAGUCGUGUCGGGCACCAUGUAUGCCGAGUAGACCAUAGAUGGCCAUGGCAUUGUCUCCACCUCUGCGAGCGUCCGUGGGAGGAGCACUGUGUGGGUGCAGCAGCAACAUGCGGCAUCAGUGCCCGCAUUCCAGCGUGCCAGCCGGCGGUAAGGCCAGCCCCGUGGACAGUCCGCCGGAAACGAGGUGUCUGUGCUCAAACAAACCACUUGUACCCCGUCCG